CCGGUCUUUUCCACCAAUGAGAGAGCUUGGCGAGCUGGAGAAAGCUCACGCGUGAACGUAAAGUAGAGCCUUUGUGUGACCGAUAACAAGAAGUUCAAGAGCUCGUUUUGCCGCUUCUUCGUCUCCGCCACGGUGUAAUCAAGCUGGAUAUGCCUCAUCAAGUCCGGUGUCAUUUGGUGAUUGGGUAAUUUGGCUACCCGGUGCCUGCAUGCGGUUUGAUUUUGUCGACUAUAAAAUGCAUGUUUUCUCAAUGCUGAGAACUACUGACCGCAUUGCGUGAGCUUCCAUCAAGACGACCAGGAGAGACAAUGAUUACAACACAAGCAUACGCUGCUAUGACGCAAGAGCUUGCGAAACUCACGCGGGAGGCAGAUCGGCGACCAAUAUUGUGCCACAUCAUGGAUGCACACUGGCAAGCGCUGCGUCUCAACCAAACCCUAAUGACGUACGGCGUAUCGUAUAUCUCCUUUGUCCCGAACGAGCUCCUCGAGAUGAUAUUUGUAGAGACAGUCAGAGCGACCACUGGAGCAGAUGAAAACCACUCUUCCUGCGGGCCCACUAAUCUACGUCUCCGUCCCAGGCCUGAGCUUCUGCUUGCGAGUGUUUCACAGCAUUGGAGAGCUGUGGCGCUCGGGAUGCCUUUACUAUGGACGGAGAUCCGACUUGUCCUCGGGCAGAAUGUAGAUCUUGUCGAACUUUACUUGAUGCGCUCACAAGGACAGCUACUUGACAUGCGAUUCACCGGCGUUGGUUGUAAUCCUCACAGUCGGGGCUCACCUGAGCUUGACUCAGAUUACUUGCGCAUAUCAAACAUUAUUCUUUCUCGUAUUCAUAUUUGUCGCCGCUUGGAAGUUCACGGGGAUUUCCCUUUCCCAAAACUUCUAGACGGGAUUAGGCGCACAAAGGCACCAAUGCUUGAAGAACUUAUUGUGCACUAUCCGCCUAACAUCCCGAAUAGCAGACAUCUCUUGUCUACUGAAGACAUGUUCGUCUCUGCAGACCGCCUUACAGUGCUCACUUUAAGUGGCUUGUGGGUUUCUGGUCUUUCCCCCGAUAAUUUCAGCAACCUGCUCUCUCGUCUCACGUCACUGACUCAUCUGACGCUGAUCGGUGAACCUGUUGAUUAUGUUCGCAACAGGGAUCUCCCAGUCGUCGAAAUACCUUUGCUCCAGACAUUGGUCCUAAAACCCGGACCAACUAUUUCGAGGCCAUACCUCCCUACCGUAUUCCGGACAAUACGUGCCCCCGUACUACGCGAACUGGUGUUGGAUUUUCACAGCUCGACCUCACUACGUGACAUCCAAUCACUCGUGGACAAGCUGAAGCGUGGCGCACCACCCUUCCCCUCUGUACGCCACCUUACAUUGCAUAGCAAGACCAUGGCACACGACGGGUGGUUUGCACUUGCCCGCGCAUUCUCAGGCAUAACGACACUCUCGGUCUCUAACUGUAUCGUGAACCAGUUAAUGGGCUUCCUCACAUGUGCGGGGAGACGAGAUGCAUUCCCGAAUUUGCGGACACUUUUGUUUGAUGACGUGCAGUUUGAGUGGUUGUUACUGCUCCAACUAUUGCAGAUCAGGGAGAAGGCGGGGAUGCCUGUUCGAGAGGUUAAGAUGAAAGGCUUCAGGAAAUAUGCACAGUCUGAACCAUUUGGGAAAUUGGUGGAUUCUCUUGCUAAAUAUGCUCCAGUUAUGAUUGGAUGGACUUGAUUGCGGAGUACGUAGGCUGUGUACGCAGUACUGUAGUUCAGAUUUAUAUGCAUUUUCAUUCUCGCGUUC